UCUCAUCUCCCCCCUCUCCUCCCCCCUUCAUUCUUCCCUCAUCGGCGGAUACAAUAGCCCUUGCCUUCCAUCUUCCUCUUUUCAUCUCCGCCUCCCGCAAUUCGUCUUCCGUCUUUUUGGUUUUUUCGUUCCAUCAAACAAACCCCGCACUCUCGACCACCGCACGCGCACAUAGCCAUGGCACCUAGUCCACCUAACACCGCUGCUUCCCCUAAUGCAACCGGGCCCAGUUUUUCUCCCCCCCCUCUGCCACACGGGUGGUGAGUCUUUCCCCUGGGAAUUUCCUUCUCUUCGGAUUUGCCCUGCGAGGGUGUGGCUAACGAUUGGCUCUAGGAUCGCCCAAUGGGACCCCUCCACCCAACGUUACUAUUAUGUUCAGACCUCAACAGCUCAUACUACUUGGGAGGUCCCUACCUCUUCGGCCUCUUCUACUCCUGCUCCGCAGACCCCAAGCAGCUACCCUGCACCACCAACAGAUUACACGACCGGGGGUCAGGGUCCUACCCAACCGGGUUAUAGCAGCCCUUCUCCCCAGCCUGAUGGGCAGACAUCCACCCGCGCUGGCGGCCUGGGAGGAAUCGCGGGUGGUUUGGCACAGGGUUUACUGAGCGGUGGAAAAACAAGCCACGGGUCUGGUGGUGGGGGUCUUGGUGCGUUGGCAUCAGGUAUUCUGGGAGGUGGGAAACACUCUAGCGGUUCACACGGCAGCGGUGGACACAGCAGUGGUGGGGGUGGAAUUCUUGGUCAGGCAGGUGGAUUAUUGGCAGGAAAGCCGCAUGGUGGCUCUUCCGGGCAUGGCAGCAGUGGAGGUGGACUUCUUGGUCAGGCAGGUAAUAUAGCUGGUGGGUUGUUGGGAGGAAAGAAACCGCAUGCAGGCUCUUCUGGGCACAGUACCCCUUCCCACGGUUCUUCAACUGGUGGUUUCGGAGGUUUAUUGGGGAGUGCGGUUCAUGGAACUCAACAGGCCCAUGGUCAAGGCGGCCACGGGCAACCCGGACAGGUGUGUUAGAUAUGAACGAGAAGACCCAGGAUUUGUGCUAACAUGCGGUCGACGGCCCCAACAGCAGCACUCUGGAUACCCCGGAUCUAGCCCUUCGCCGAAUCCUCCCAACCCUCCGUAUAACGCAAAUCCUCACGCACCCCCCCAGCAGUAUUAUCCUCCUCCCCAGCAGUUCUCCGGUGCAGUCGGCCAACAAAACCCGGCUCCUUGCGGUGCUCCGGGCCAGUACCCGCCUCCUCACCAGAGCCAUCCACCCCCCCCGGGGCAGUACGGUGCUCCUCCCCCGGGACAAUACAACCCGGGCGUUUACGGUGCUCCUCCCCCGGGACAAUACAACCCGGGCGUUUACCAGGCCCCUCCCGGUGGUUAUCCUCCUCAUAGUGGCCCUGGAAACAAUCAACCCCCUCCUCCUACCUCUGGGCCCCCAAGUUACGGUGCUCCUGGAGGCUACCAAGGUGGUCCAUUCAACCCAUCUGCCCCCUCCGGGGGUUCCUACCAGGGAGCAACCCCACCGUCUCAGUAUCAGCCUACGGGGGGUAAUGGGUAUCAUCCUCCUUCUGGAGGACACUAAUAUUGAGCGCAAAUAGUACUUUGAAGGUCGAUGGAGCUUGAAUUUUCUUGGGUUGUUUUAUAGGCUUUCUCUCGUUGCCUUUUUGAUUCCUGGUCGUUUUUUUUGUCUCGCCUCUUUUUCUUUUGCUGGUAUGGAUUCCUGGGAUUUUUUUUUGGGGGGGGGAGAGAGGGAAGAAAUUCUACGUAUCACAGCGAAUAAAAUCGACCAGAAUUGAUUACUUUCCUGUAAGCUAGUGAUGCCCGGUUGUAUUGUGAGAGUAUGGUGAGGAGUGUUUGCACGGCGAAGAAGAUUGUGUGAUUGAGAACGAUGAAUGCUUGAUUCUCUAAAAAGGAGGAGCGAGAAGCUCUUACUAUCUACUAUUGUGAGCGAGACAAUUAGGUUGAGCGAACGGUAACAAUAGCAGAGGAAAGAAAAGUAAAUAGAAAUGCAAGGAGG